AUGGAGCUACCUGGCAGCCAGCCACCCAACCAACGACAAGGCGACAGACGUGGAGCUCCGCGACCAAACAGAAAUUGUGGCAAACCCGGCACGUUGGGGAAGUCACACUCACAGUGGCUGGUAGAGCCCAGUGCAGAGCAAUCACCAUCGUGCCUGGGAAUUGGGAAGUGCGGCGGUGGAGCCGGGAGGGGGCCAAAGAUCUCCAAAUCCAAUAACGAGGAACCACGAUGGCCAGUUGGAAAGGGCGUCGCCGAACACCAGUAUCAUCAGAUGAAAAGUAUUUCCGGUGGGAGUUCGUACAAUUUCCCAGAUAUCUUGAGACAGCGAGCGAGAGACAGAGGGAGUGACAAUCCAAUGUGGACAUUCCACGAUGGUGGAUGGGAAGUGAUACCCAUCCUAUCAUCCAUCAGGCAACCAUGGAGUCUUGGGCUGUCGAUCGUCUGGAGCUCAGCGCCAAGGGAUCCAGAUUGCCGAUUCGACCCGGGGAAAUUAGAGGUUGCCAUGGCGAUGGGGAGGCUGCUGGCCAACCUCGUCAGGUCUCGGGAUCUGGGAGGGCCCCGUCAGAGGGAUCAUGGGCAAAUCACGAAUCUGCAUGUGAAGAAGCCUCAUCUGCAGGUCUUCAAGCGAGAGAUGGAGCCAUUGAAUGCAUUCGAAAGGCAUUCGAGAAAAGACGCUCAAAGGACAGCCAAUCUGGACUUUGACGCCCGCGUCCCCAUCCCCUUCAGUGUCUUCCCGUCGUCGUACCGGAGUGACGCUGUUCCUGAGACUACUCUUGUGACUGAAAGAGUAGAGGGAGAAGUCAAUCUCGAUCGCACUUCGCGCGUCGAACGGGAAGAUACUCGAACCUCUGCUCCUCUUCCGGAUCCCCGUUCUUACGGCAAGGAAGAAGUCGAUUUCCGCUUUCAGAGCGACUCGCGUGCCACCCGUCGUGGUCCUGACGAGUACACGGUAGUUCAAGAAGCCCGUGGCCAAUCUUCUCGGUAUCCCGAGGUUGAUCUCACUCGUGAACGCUACCGCGAACCUUCGGUCCGCUUCCAAGACCAGAACCAACAAAUCCACGACAAGGCUCUUGAGUCCCAGCUUGACAUCACUGAGCGUGAAUAUCGUCGUCGUACCAGCCCAACCUACGACGUCAACUACUCUUACGACCGUCGCUCCCAAGGACGACCGGUAGAGUCCUACGAAGGCCAACGCCACCAGACUACCGACGUCUACGACCGGUCUUCCCGCUCCGAGGUUGAUAUCUCGUACGACCGCGCUGUCCAAUCCCAAGACAAGGCCACCACCUACGACAGCUCUUCUCGCCGCCCCCAGGCCUACGUCUCCUACGACCACGCCUACCAGUCUCAGCCCGUCGACGCUUACCGCGAAGACUCCUACAGCCGUCGUAACAUCAACGUAGAGUCCGUUGCUCCGGCCCCGGCUCCCUCUACCAACGUCAAGGUUCUCAAGUCCGAGACUGUGAUUGAUCACCCACGUGCUCGCAAGAUGGGUUACUACGACGACGACGGUAACUACCACUCCUUCCGUCGCGGUGUGGAACGCGCUGCCGACCGCAUCCUGCACCCUCUCCACCAUAACCAUCAUCAUCAUGAUCGUCACGACCGUGAGGAAGUUGUCGUCGCUGCUGACGAUCGCGGACCAGUUCGUUUCCGGGACGGCGUUCGCGAGGAUGUCCGCAUCGUCGAGCCCCGUGGCGGCUCCUCGAACGACUCCGUGCCCAUCCCCUGUCAUUUCAUCCGCAUUGGCGACAUCUUGAUCCUCCAGGGCCGCCCUUGCCAGGUGAUCCGUAUCUCCGUCUCCCCGCAGACCGGCCAGCACCGUUACCUGGGCGUCGACCUCUUCACCCGUCAGCUGCAGGAGGAGUCCAGCUUCAUCUCCAACCCCUCGCCCUCUGUCGUGGUGCAGACCAUGCUCGGUCCCGUCUACAAGACCUACCGCAUCCUCGAUCUCCGUGAUGACGGCCACGUCGUCGCCAUGACCGAGACCGGCGAUGUCAAGCAGGGCCUGCCGGUGGUGCCCCAGGGCCACCUCUUCCGCCGCAUCCGGGAUGCCUUCGAGGAUGGUCGUGGUAGUGUCCGCGCGCUGGUGAUCAACGACGGUGGUCGUGAGUUGGUUGUGGACUACAAGGUGAUCCACGCUUCCCGCCUGUAG